AUGUCUGGUCGAGAACCCGUCGAUAUGAAGCUUCCACCGAUCCAGUCCACGGCUGGAGCCGUUCCGAUUCGGAAUGAAAAAGGUGAACUUUCCAUGGAGAAAGUGAAAGUGAAGCGGUAUGUAUCGGGUAAGCGUCCAGACUAUGCGCCAAUGGAGUCCUCAGACGAGGAAGAAGAGGACUUCCAGUUUGUUAAGAAGGGAAAGGAAUUGGAACCAGAGGUGGAGGUAGAGGAAGAGGACGUCUCUGAUCCCCGUCUCAAACGUUUGCUCAAUCGUGUGUCUGAGGAUGUGGAGGAAAGGCUAGCAAGGCAUCGGCAGAUUGCAGAGCCAGAAGUUAUGGUGGAGAGCAGUGAGGACUCGGAUGAAGGGACUUGGCACCCAGAACGUGAGGAGAGUAGUGAGGAGGAAGAAGAAGAGGAGGAGGAGGAGGAGGAGGAAGAGGAGGAAGUGGAUGAUGAGGAAAUUGAGAGGCGGCGGGCAAUGAUGCGACAGAGAGCACUGGAAAGAAAGAAUGAGGAGAUGGAAGUCAUGGAGGUAGAAGAGGAAGGAAAGUCUGGUGAAGAGUCAGAGUCAGAGUCGGAAUAUGAAGAAUUCACAGAUAGUGAAGAUGAAGCAGAGCCUCGACUCAAACCUGUCUUCAUUCGCAAAAAGGAUCGUAUAACAGUGGCUGAGCGUGAAGCUGAGGACCAGAGACAAAGAGAGUUGGAGGCAGAAGCCAAGAGACAGGCAGAGGAGCGACGGCGUUAUACGCUCAAGAUCGUGGAGGAGGAGGCCAAGAAGGAGUUUGAAGAGAACCGGAGAACUCUGGCAGCUCUGGAGGCACUGGACACAGAUGGAGAGAAUGAGGAAGAGGAAUAUGAAGCUUGGAAAGUCCGUGAGCUGAAACGCAUCAAGAAGGACAGAGAGGCCAGAGAAACCAUGGAGAAGGAGAAGGCUGAAAUUGAAAGAUUCCACAGCCUGACGGAGGAUGAGCGCAGGGUUGAGAUCCGCAACAGUGGCAAAAUUGUUACCAACAAGGCUACAAAGGGCAAAUACAAGUUCUUGCAGAAGUAUUACCACAGAGGAGCGUUUUUCAUGGAUGAAGAGGAGGAUGUUUACAAGAGAGAUUUCAGCGCACCAACUUUGGAGGAUCAUUUCAACAAAACCAUCUUACCCAAAGUCAUGCAGGUUAAAAACUUUGGUCGCUCUGGACGUACCAAAUACACUCACUUGGUGGACCAGGACACAACGUCCUUUGACUCUGCUUGGGCCCAGGAGAGUGCUCAGAACACCAAGUUCUUCACACAGAAGGCAGCAGGAGUGAGGGAUGUUUUUGACCGACCCACAGUGAAGAAGAGGAAAACAUGAAGUAAACAAAAAAAUGACUGUUUAACAACUCCCAACAAACUCUUCUAUCAGUCCCUGAUGAAAACAGACAGCUGUGGAAGCGCUGAUUUGUAUUUACUAAAAUCUUUGUUUAUGCUUGUAAUGUG